AUGAGGGCUCCAAACGUUGUUGUAACUGUAAUAGCAUUGCUUUUCCUCCUAAGCGUUAGACCGUAUGAAUGUGCUCGAAUUCUAGACGAUGAAGAAAAAGAAUGGACGAAAACCGAACAACAUCUUCUAUUACCAUCUUUGCAAGGUGGCACUCCCACACCGAAUAGUUGCAGCUAUGUCCCCGGAGGUAGUGGCCGCCCAUGUAGAAGCACCAUCAGCGAGAAAAAUUUUGCAGGUCGUGUUACGGCUCCUCCUCCACCGCCGCCUCUGCCAACACCACCAACUCUUGUUACAAAUGCAUAUCCAAACCAAAUGAUGAAAUUCGGGGUGGCUGCUGAAGAUAGUAAAUGA